GAUGUUUUUCCACCGACCGACGAAAUUAUGCGUACGCUCCGCUUAUUUUUUAUUUAUUUUUUCGUAAUGCGAUCCGAACGCUCGCCGCCCAUUAGAAUGCAAUGAAAAGUCGCACAAAGCCGGGAAAAGUGAAGUUAUUUACGCGAAUUGAAACAGUGCAGUGCGUGCGAGCGAGAGCGAUAAUUAAGAUGAAAUUGCAGACGACGCCGAAAUAAAAAACAAAAAAAAGCGUUGCAGCAACAACCAGCCGCUUCAAAAGCCAGAACUUUGAAAAGUCGAAGCUGAAUUUUCCCCGAUUUUUCCCGAUUUUCCGUUUCCCGCGAAUCUGAAAGCCGCGCUGCAGGCGUCGCUGCCUCUGCCGCCGUCGAAGUCGUCGAUCCCGUUUCACGCGUCGCCGCUUCGUCUCGCCGUCUCGCUUGUUUCCCGCCUCCUCUCUCUCUGCCCCUUGCCCACCCCCAUCACCCACCAUCCUACCAAAUCAACCCCCCUCCACCAACAUCCUAAAACAAAAUAUAAAAUAUACGAAAUAAAACAACAAACACACAGAGAGAGAGAGCGAGUGAGAUAGAUAGAUAGAGAGAAAGCCAAGCCAGGAAACGUCAUCAAGCGGCAGCAGCAACAACAACAACAUCAAACACAACUGCAACUGCAACAAAACGGCAAACUCAUCAGCGACAGCAGCAGCAACAACAACAAAACGCAUUUCAUUGCCAAGAAGAAAAAAACGGUCAACGACACUGCAACAACAUUGGCCAACAGCAACAACAACAAAUCAGCAAUACUGAGAGACUGCACUAGCAACAACAACAACAACUGAAACAACAACCAACAAAUAGGAAAAUAGGAAAAUGCCCAAAUGCGAUGUGAAAACGCGCUACAUUCCUGCGACUUUCGCCUGGAUUGUGCUGCUUCUGACCACAUUUCUCUUCUUCUUCUAUCCCUGCCAGUUCUAUGUGAAGAGCCAUCCAUGGGUGCUGGCCUACCAAGGCGUGAUCACAUUCUUCGUGCUGGCCAACUUCACGCUGGCCACGUUCAUGGACCCGGGCAUCAUCCCCAAAGCCUCGCCCGACGAAGACUGCGAGGAGGAGCUGCGCGCCCCGCUCUACAAGAAUGCCGAGAUCAACGGCAUCACCGUCAAGAUGAAGUGGUGCGUCACCUGUAAGUUCUACCGCCCGCCACGCUGUUCCCACUGCUCCGUUUGCAAUCACUGCAUAGAGACCUUCGAUCAUCAUUGUCCGUGGGUGAACAACUGCAUCGGCAGGCGGAACUACAGAUUCUUUUUCUUCUUCCUCGUCUCGCUGUCCAUUCACAUGCUGAGCAUCUUCUCGCUGUGCCUGGUCUACGUGCUGAAGAUCAUGCCCAACAUCAAGGACACGGCGCCCAUCGUAGCUAUUAUCCUGAUGGGCCUGGUGACCAUUUUGGCGAUCCCCAUCUUCGGACUGACCGGCUUCCACAUGGUACUGGUGUCGCGGGGUCGGACAACCAACGAGCAGGUGACCGGAAAGUUCAAGGGCGGCUACAAUCCGUUCUCGCGCGGCUGUUGGCACAACUGCUGCUACACACAGUUCGGACCUCAGUAUCCCAGCCUACUGAACCCGAAGAAGUACGCAUCGCGUCGAUCUCAGGUGCAAAACCAGGCGAUCAGCACCAUUUGCAACGACCGGAGCGGCCAGCAGACGGGCGCCGGGGGCGGGGCCGGCGGCAAUGGUACCGCCGCGGUGUCCGGCGGCGGCGGUGGAGCGGGCGGCGGGGGCGGUAUGCGAGGCACUGCGGUGCAGUACUCACCACGCUCCUUCUACGACGCGAGUCGCGAGAAGCGGGGAAUUCAGGUAAAGACAUAUAUGGCCGAGGGCAAUGGUUAUAAUCAACGGUCGGGCAGCACAACGCUUUACAGUAAGCUUUCGCCCGGACGAGAGUGCUCCGAUACGGACCUGGAGCCGCCGCCCGCCUCCCAGAGCCAGGACUGCGAACCGACGCCUCCGCUGCAGCGGCACAACUCCAGCAGCUUCUAUCUGCCGCAGGUGAGCGAUGGCGGCGGCCUCAACGGCAGCGUUUCCACGGGCGGCGGAGGAGGAGGCGACUCGCCGCGCCACAUGCGUCUCUACCAUCCGCGUCACAGUCCGCACGCGAGGCCCAGGGGUCUGGAUCCGCAGCGGGGCUACACGAGCGACGCCCUAUCGCCGGACCAUCCUGUUGGCUAUGGCGUCGGCGUCAAUGGACCGCAGCAGCAACAGCAGCAGGCGCUGGCGGCGGCAGCAGCGGCGGCGGCGGUGGCAGCACAAAAUCAACGCAGCGCGACGACCACGGCCACGCCCACCAUGCAGCAGCGGAUCAAGCCGCUGGGCGUGGCCACGCCCCUCGUGAUGGCGAGUCCAGUGCGAAGAUCUAACCCGGGCACGCCCACUCAACCGAGACGACCCGAUUUCAUCGGACUGAAUGCACAGGCGGUGGCGCAGCAGCAGCAACAGCAGGCUGCUGCGGCGGCUGCAGCAGCGGCUUAUUACGAGUAUACCAGCGGUCUGCCGCCGCAACAUCCGCAGGCGCCCAGCAUCCAGCAGCAGCAGCAACAGCUGCUCCUCCAGCAGCAGCGUGUCCUCAUGCAGCACCAGCAACAGCAGCAAGCUCUGCAGCAGCAGCAGCAACAGGCGGCGGUACAUGCGGCACAUCCGCAACACGCCGCUCUGUCGCAGGCUGCAUACGGUGGCAGCCCACAGAGGCGCUUCCUCUCCGAGGGCGAACUGGUGCGCCAGGGUGCCGGAGGAGGCGUUUCCGGCGGAGAGUUGUCCUACGCACGAUCCAACAAUACGGUGGAUAAUAUACGAGAGCUCGCCGGCAGUCCGCAGCGUGGCGUUUACAUGUGGAAGGAUACGUCGCCGGGAUUCACUAGCAACGUCGGACAGCAGCAACAGCAACAGGCACAACAGGUGGUCAGCAGCGGGAUUGGCAGCAGUGCGGGCACGCUGUCCAGCAGCGGAGGCGCAGCCGGUGUGAUGCCGCAUGCCCAGUACAUGACGGCGGGCGGUGGAGCACAUCCGCUGAUUAUGACGCACUCGCGACUUCAGGACUACACCAUCCAGCAACAGCAGCAGCAACAACAGGCGGCGGCUGCGGCAGCAGCCUCAUAUCAUCGCUCCAAUCCGACGAGUCCCACCACCAUGCCACAGGUGUCCGGAGCUGGCCAGAGCUAUAUAGUGCGCUACGGAGGCGGCGGAGCGGCUGGAGCAGCCGGCAGCAGUGGCAGUUUAGCUAGCGUGACAGCCAGUAAUCCCGCCACUGGAGGCGGCGGCUAUCAGCCGGCAUUGCGCGGCGGAGUGGCCGUAUUUCCGCCCAAUCCGCUGGGAAAUCAGGGCGGUGGCAAUCUGCAGACGCAGCCCUCGCCACAGAUCAAGCGGAAACAGACGCCAACGCGACCCAUGAGCUUUGUACGAGCGCUGGAGAUGGCCGACUCCAUGGAGAUGCAGUCACUGGAACAGCAGCAAAACGGCGGCAUUCCCGGCAGCGGGUCGGUGGGAAACAAUCAACAGGCGGGCGGCGGUGGCGGCGCUGGUGGUCACCUAAUGCAGAGCAACGCCUCCAAUUCGGGCACUCCGGAUAGAGCCAGCAUCUACGACAUGAACUACGAGAUCUCCGUAUAACCCGUGGUGGUGCCUGUGCUCCUGAUGCCACCCGCCAGCCAAGCUCCGGGCACAGCAGUCGCUGCUCCAACCGCUGCAGUUGCUCCAGCUGCCAUCGCCGGUCCACAGCCGCAGGGGCAGUUUUACAAUGCCCAACUGGAGCCGGCUGCCUAUGCCUGUGUUCCUGUCUUGCCCCUCAAACCGAUAAGCAAUGGAGUGGGAACCAAUAGUCAUCAGCACCAUCAUCAUCAUCACCAGCAGCAGCAGCAUACGCAGCAGCAGCCGCCUCAGCAUCACCAACAUCCGCACCAGAACAUCCACAAUCACAACCAGAUUCAGAACCAGAACCAGAACAAACGCAAAUUUUCAACUUUCUUUUAGGGAACUAAGGGAACUAGCCCUAGUCCGUGUCCUUUUUUUACCGAAUGAUUUGAGUGGAGAGCAUGUGAGGGUGUAUCUAUCUAACCAGAGCUAUUUACACCAGAUGUGUGUGUAUAUAAGUUGCACUGCUGUUGUAGCUAUUGCUAAACUUUAAGUAAUUUUAUUAUGUAAUUUUUACGCUUUGUUAUUAUGAUUUUAAUUUUUUAAUGCACUUUGGAAGACGUUUUACACGAUCUGAUAUCGAAAGAAAUUAUUUAUACGUUUAAUGCUUUCUAUACAUAUAUGAUCGAUAACGAUGAAGAUGAGAAUAUGAGCAUGUGGAUACAGAUACAGUGUGUUUCAUGGGUGCAGGAAUAGUAAUUGGCGAAUAAAGUAAUUCGCGCAGCAAUUCCCCGAGCUAAUGCCACGCACUGUAUUCGCCCUGCCGAUCUGCUAUAUCUAUUAUACAUAUAGUACACACAUAUAUGGAAACCUUUUGCAAUCAACAUGAAAAUCGCCAAAAUUUGUACGUGUUUGUGUGCGUGUGCCUGUCUGUCUGUGCGUCUGUCAUGUGUGUGUUUAACAUUAGUCUUUAUAAAUUUAUAUCUAUUUAUGCCAUAUAUUGUAUAUAGGAUAUGCUACGUCAGGGCCCAGGUGCAGAGAAACUUUUGUCAUUUGUGUACAUAGGUGUAGAAGGUGGAGGGAGACGGAGGAGGAACCGAUUUGUGCUAAGUAUCCAGAGAUUAUAUAAUGCGUUGGAGAAUUUAGCGAGUGUGUCCGGUCCACGAACUCCAGGAUCUGGACGACGUCAUAUGUCAUAUGUCUUUGCUACGGGUUGUACGGAGCAACACUCCUAAUCUAUCAUAAUCUGUAAAUAGAAGCCCGUUUUGUAAGAACUACCUCCCUCCUCUCCAUUCCGCAGUCCAGUGAAAAGCGAAAGGUUAUGUCGUCGACCCGGGGACAGUGCGUUUCGAGGCUGUAUGUGCUUGUUUUAAUCCCCAUUCAUACGCAUUCAGCAACCUAAGGUUUCAUUUGAAGUCAUUCUGCAGAUUCAGCAAUCCACUUAUUUUCUUACUCAGGACCGCGACUAAAACAAACGAAAUGGCGUUUGUCACUUUCACAUCUCUUCGCCUACAGCGCCGAAACGCACUGUCCCCAGGUUGUCAUACGCUCCCAGGCGAGAUUUAAUGUUUUUUUUCCUCAUUUACUUAGAAUUCGUAAGAGAGCCCUAAUCUGGAACCGCAGCUUUCGGCGCGUGUAACUUGAAUGUCGUCCACUUUAAAUCAGUUCUGAUUUUCCUGUACAUAACUGUAAUAACGCAUGAGAAUUCUUCGGUUCGGACUACCAACUACGUAUGUGGGUGGGUACGCCUGCUUGCCUUUAAUAGGCCCAACUUUGUUGUUAUGUUUUUAAGUGAACUUAGCUUUUAUAAUACCGAUCCCCGUUGCCCCCUCUUUCAAGUGUGUUGUUCGCCAAGUGUGUGUGUUCUUGGAUCAAUUCAAUGGCAUGUUUCAGCUCGAUUGUUUUAUUCCUCAUUGAAUGCAUAUGCAAAUGCAAGUGGCAAAUUUCAAGCGAUAAUAUCUGUAAGAAAGUUAGCUAUAUAUACACGACACUCGAUCGAUCGAACGAGAGAGAGAAUUAUACAUGUGUAAGGCGAUCAAUCCCCAAUCCGAAUCCGACCCUCUUCCCUGGCCACAUAGAUCAUGAGAAUUGUGCAAGGAUCAAAACUUGUAUAGACUAUGCAGUAAGGUGCGCGACAUAAGUGUCUGGAGCAGGCAGUUUCUUCCGUUUUGCUUAUUUUUUUUAAUUAGAACUUCAAUUUAUCGAAUAUUAACACUUCCAGUUGCAAGGAUUUUGGUGACUAACUUAUACGAGUUAUACGAGUCUGUUCCCGUCACGAAUUUCGCACACCUUAUUUAACGGAUCAAGAGUAUAUAUUAUACACACGUAUAUUUAAGCGUUUUUUGCUAACACAUUAAUUCAUGAAUUUGCAACAAUAUUUAAUAUAAAUACAGAAAUGCAUAUACAAACGAAACAAAAAAAAAGAGAAGAAAAAUCAUUAAAAAACAAAAGUGUAAUGUAAAAUGUAAUGUGAAUGAGAUUGAGAAGGGAAUGAAAUUGUUUUAGAUUUUUAUACCAAAUUUAAUUAAUGUAAAACCACGAAUUGUUUAUUUUUUUGUAUACCCCGUAAUCCCCGUCAGAAUGCGAGAAAUCCCUGCCAGAGAAAUCCUCGAGUUCGAAAUUGUUUUUUUUUUUUUGUAUUGAAUACUUAUGUAAUUUGUAAAUUAUAUGACAAGUAAUCAAAUAGCAAGCAUAAACAGCAAGGCAAUUAAUAAACAAUACAAAUAAAAAUGCAAA